AUGACAGCCGGCGCCAUAUUCCCGUCGCAAGGGCACCCCUAUUUUCCCCAGGACGCAGUUAUCCCGGGAUAUGUGCUCAACACUACCGGCUUGCCACUUAUCCUCAGCGCCUUCGGGGCUGUCGUGGGCGUUUUCGUCCUAGGAUGCAUUGCGCUGUCAAAGCAAUAUAACCCGACACUGAGGAGAGCAGACCAACUGACAGUUGGAUGGUUUGCAUUAUGCGGUUUCCUCCAUUGCUUCUUUGAAGGCUACUUCGUCCUGCACCAUGCCUCCGUUCCCUCGUCUCAGUCCCUCUUUGCCCAGCUCUGGAAGGAAUACGGCCUCUCCGACUCGCGCUACCUGACCUCGGACCCGUUCAUGCUCUGCAUCGAGACCCUGACCGUCUUGACAUGGGGCCCACUCUCCCUCGCAACCGCCGUCCUCACCGCCCGCAGCCGCCCCCGCGAGCAGGGCACCCGGCACCUGCUGCAGGCCGUCGUGUGCGUCGGGCACCUGUACGGCGUGGCGCUCUACUACGGAACCUGCGGCUUUGCGGAGCACAUGCGUGGCAUUUCCUACAGCCGGCCCGAGCCGGUGUAUUACUGGGGCUAUUACGUCGGCAUGAACGCGCCUUGGGUUUUGGUCCCUUGCUUGUUGCUUUGGCAGAGCGCGAGAGCUAUUCAGAAGGCUUUCGCCGCAGUUGCGGAUCUGGAGGAGCGGAAGAAGGGAAGGUGAGAGGAAAGGGGAGUGAUGAGUUGAGUAAGGUAUCGGACGAUUGAGGAGUUAGGCACUCUCCUAAUGGUACGGGUUUGAUACGCUGUUGGUCAAGGGGGUUGGGACCGAAUAAUACGCCGCAAGCUCGCCGCAGAAUGCUCAUCGGUGAUCCUGAUUAUCGAAUGUCCCGAACUCCACGGCCUUCUAUGCCCAUGAUGCUGCCCCGCCGUCACAGGAGCUUCCAUUACAGUUGGCCUUCGCCUUCAGAGCCUUCUCCUCCCGAUCGCUUUCUUACCGGACGUACUUGCUCAUGAACCUCCUGUGGAAAUCUGACCGCAGCAAGUCCUAGAGCACUGUCAGUAUUCCCUGAGUAGGUGAUCACUAGGCCAGAACAAGUCAA